AUGGACCUUCCUCUGCUGAUGACGACGAUGAUGAUGAUGAUGAAGGUGAGCGGAACUGCUCUCAGGCCGCAGGUCAGACACAAGUGGACUCAUUACAACAUCUCUUACAGUAUCAUAGCGUUUCCAAACACUCUGAAUGCUGAGGACACCAGGAAGGCCAUCAGCAUUGCCUUUACCAAGUGGAGCGACGUAUCUCCACUGACCUUCAGCGAGAUCACCGACAGCAACGCCACCGCCGACAUCACCAUCGGUUUCUACACCUUCAACCACACGGACUGCUGGUGGUCUCCUCUCCACCCGUGUUUCGAUGGUCUAAAUGGUGAGCUGGCUCACGCCUUCCUGCCGCCACGAGGAGAAAUCCACUUCGACAACCACGAGUUCUGGAUCCUCGGCAAGUCCCGGUUCAGCUGGAAACAAGGUGUGUGGUUGAAUGACCUGGUCCAGGUGGCAGCUCAUGAGAUCGGUCAUGCUCUCGGUCUGUGGCACUCCAGACAUCCUCAGGCUCUGAUGCAUCCCAACGCCACCUACACGGGCCAGAGGAACGUGGCCCAGGACGACGUGUGGGGCAUCCAGAGACUUUACGGCUGUCUGGAUAAGAAGCGGGUCUGUGGUCCGUGGGCUCUUCUGGGCUUCUGUGAGCGGAGGAAGAUCUUCAUGAAGAAGAACUGUCCUCAGCGAUGUGACCUCUGCUACGAGCCUCUGGAGGCAGUUGCCACGCCAACGUUGCCACCAGCUAAUGUGAAGAUCAAGAUGGUUCCCAGAGGAAAGGUGGUUGGUUUCCGCUGUGGAACGAAGAACCUACGCUCACCGCCCAAAAUCAGCUGGUACAAAGAUGGCGAGCAGAUCUUGAACUCUAUCCCCGGCUACAUCAUGGUGAAGGACAGAGACCUCCGCAUCGUGGCCAACGAGUUCAAUGAGGGUGUCUACACCUGUCGCAUCCAUCGGGGGGGGGACAUUGUGUCCGCCAACUCCUGGUCCAUCCGACUAAAACCAGAGCAGCCCUCCAACAGCUGAAGACUGGUCCAGGGGUACUAAACCACAGAAGAAGUGCUGAACUCAACUCAAAAUAGGAAGUUCACAACAUGUUUGGACCUUGUUACACUGGUAGAGUUCCUCUAGAAGGUUAGCUGUGUGCUAAUAGAACACCUGUCCAUGUCCUCAUAGUUCUGUAGGACUUCCUUUAGGUGGAGAUAGAUGGCAUGACAUCGUGACCUCAUAACCCUUCCGGAUGUAGUUUAACUCUUAUAUUUAUUCCUGCUGGAGGCUGUGAUUUAACAGCAGAUCAUCUCAUACGGACUGGAUCCAUCAAAAGAUUCACCGAUCAAUCCAACAGACACCAGACCCGUUUUAUCUUAAUAAAAUGUCCUUAAUUCUGAUUUGAGACCCGUGUGGUUUGAAUUAUUGCAUCAUCUCAACGCUGAUCUGUGAUUGGAUGUUCCUUUAAUUAUA